GCCGCCCUGCGGACGCUGACCGCGGCACUCGAGCAGCUGAUGGCCGGGUGGUGCCAGCUCUGCCUGCCGCUCAGAGCGUCCAGGGGCUGGACAUGGGCUUCGAGCGGCGCGCCAACUCCGCGGGGCCGAUGGUGUCCGCCCUGCUGGACAAGGCGAUGGGCCUUCUCCGGCAGGCGCCCGACGUCGUGGUGGCGAGGCAGCUGGAGUCGUUGCUGCAGCACGGUGCCAAGCAGAAGGAC